AUACCACGCUAAAAUUGUGUAAAACUUUGUAAAACUGAUGCAAACUGAUGUGUGCAAAUUGCAAUAGAAUAUAAAUAGCCUCGUUAUUUAUUUCAAUUUUCAAUAUUAUUUUUUCGGCAAUAAAUAUAUUAAUUAUAAUAAAACAACAAAUUUUAAAAGAGAGUCUUGGAUAAUUAUUAAUUAAUUUACAGAUAGUCUAAGAUGAGUGAUGUACCAAAAUUAUGUGGAAAAAGACGAAGUAUUGUACGACGUAUUGGUUCAUUUCUACCAAUUGCACCACCACCAAAAAUAUAUGUCAGUGUAACAUCGUUGCAUUCCAUGACAAAUUCAAUGAUUAGUGAAGAAACAAAUGGAACAUUACCUGAUUAUAAUGAUGGUAGAUUAUCUGGAAGUAAACCAGAUUUAUUAGAGCCAAUUAGUUUUGGAUCAGAAAUACGUCUUUUAGCAUUGGAACAAGAGCUUCAAGAAUUGAGGUCACAAGUGUCUGUUAUUGUUAAAUCAACAACUACAAAACAACCAUAUUCUUCAACAACAUCUCUAAUGUCAAAUGGUAAUUCAAAUAAUAAUAAUAAUAAUAAUAUAAAAAGUAAACCAAUAAUACCACCACCACCUCCACCACCAUUACCACCACCAUCAACACCACAUAUUGCCAGAAGAUCAAGUUUACAAGAUCACAAAUUAGAAGAACGUAAAAAACCACUUAUUGCACAAAAAUCAAUGGGUGAUAUGCUCAAGGAUAUUGAUAAAAUUAAAUUGAAACCUGUUGAAAGAUCACCUGGUGGACGUCCAUUGCGUGCUGCUAAACGUGAAAAUAGUCCUUGCACUGAUUUACAGGAAAUUUUACGUAAACGUUAUCAUGCAAUGACAUCGCCAGAUUCAAGAAACUCGUCUGCCUUGAAUAUGGAUGAUUCAUUUUGAAAAUGACAGUACAAAUAAUAAUAAUAAUGCAUUUUUCAUCAUUAGAAAUAACCAAAUUAAUAAUGUCGUGUGACACAUGAUUAUUAUAUUUGUCAUUCAAUCCAUAUCAUAUAUUAAUAUAGCUAUAUAUUUUCUUUUUUUUUCUUUUCGAAAUAACAGCAAAAAAGCACAUUAGAUUAUUUAAAGCAGAUAUCAACAGUUGAUUUGACAGUUGCCAUAAUAAUAGCUCCAUUAAUUCUUUUGAAAAGAAAUUUAGUAAUGAGUUGGUACCUCAGGUUAAUAAUAAUAAUUAAAAAUAAUAUCAAUGCUGAUUUAGACUUUAGAAGUUGAAAAUAGAAAAAAAAAAGUUGAAAGAAUUAAGAAAAGAAAAUAAUUGUUCAAUUAAUCGUCUGUUUUUUUUUUUUUAAUUUUGUUUCAUCAUUGUGUCACAAGUGCUAAUUGUUUAUAUGAAAAAAAAAAAAAGUGUCAUCGUGAUAUUAAAUUUUUUUUUUUUUUACUCAAGGAGACUUAGGCUUUUAAAUUAAUAAACGAAUUUUAAAUUUAAUUAAAGACCCAUUAAUGAGGGUGCAAUUGAUAAAAUAAAUAAAGUUUAUAUUAUAUAAUAUUAUAUUUAUUUUGUAGCUUGAUCUUUUUUUCAUAUGAUCCAUCAACAACAUGUAAAGUACAUUUUAGAGACUGACUGAUCGUAUAUGUAAGCAAGGCGAGUUUUGUACUUGAGGAUUUUAUCAACAUGACGAUUAUAAUAAUUAAUAAACGUUAUUGUUA